UCAAGCCAAGAGAAUAUGAUUCUUUGCCCGUGUAAGAAGUGUGGCAAUAUCUAUUAGCAUUAUCGUGAAGUUGUCUACGAACAUCUAAUUGUUGAUGGCUUCAUUCGGGGGUAUAAAAAAUGGAUUUUCCAUGGAGAGUGUACACCUAGUAGAGCCUCUUCGACGAUUAAUCCGGGUUAUCCUUAUAGUGGUUACCGUCAGUAUGUUAGAGAAGAUGACGUGGAAGGUAUGAUGCGGGAUGCAUUUAAUAUGCGGAGUGAAGGUUUCCAAUCAUUUCCACCAAACUAUGUUGCAUCCGAUAAUUAUAAUAUUGGUGGGAAUACUUUUAUAGAAACGAGAAGAAGUGCACCAGAUGAACAACCAAAUGAAGAAGCGGUGAAGUUCUACACGUUACUUGGUGAAAUGAAUGAACAACUUUAUGAGGGAUCAAAAUUUUCGAAAAUGUCAUUCUGUAUUCGCCUUUUCCACUUAAAAUGUUUGAGAGGGUGGACCGAAAACUCUUUGACAAUGUUGUUAGAGCUUUUGAGAGAAAUGUUCCCGUUUGCAAAAAUCCCUCAAUCAUGUAAAGACAUGAAGAAAGUGAUAAAAGAUUUGGGCCUUGGGUACAACAAAAUUCAUAGUUGCCCAAAUGAUUGCAUGUUGUAUUGGGGUGAUCGAAGAAAUCAACAGUCUUGUCAUGUUUGUGGUAAAUCUCGUUGGAUGAAUAGAGAUGCAGAAGAUGUUAAUGAGGAUGAAUAUGGGCCACAGUCAAUAAGGAAGCCGAACAAGAUUUUUGCGAUAUUUUUCGCUAAUCCCAAGGCUUCAAAGGUUAUUCAUGUAGUCAAAGACAGUCGAGUUUAUGACGUGGCAUCAUGAUCAUCGAACAGAUGAUGGAUUAUUAAGGCAUCCUGCAGAUUCUUUAGCAUGGAAAUCAUUUGACAAUAAAUUUCCAAGCUUUGCAAGUGAUCCUUGAAGUGUAAGGCUCGGGUUAGCAUCUGACGAAUUUAAUCCUUUUAAAAUCAUAAGCACCUCGUACAGUACUUGGCCUGUGGUCCUUGUUCCUUAUAAUUUGUCUCCAUGGCUCUGCAUGAAGCAAUCUUCUUUGAUAUUAUCUAUGAUUAUCCCCAGAGAGAAAGGCCCCGGAAAUGAUAUUGAUAUAUAUCUGCAGCCACUUAUUGAAGAGUUAAAAUAAUUAUGGGCGGGUGUUAAGACGUAUGAUGUAUUAAGAAAGGAGAACUUUUACCUAUGUGCUACUUUACUGUGGACAAUUAAUGAUUUCUUGGCAUAUGCGAAUUUAUCUGGUUGGAGUACCAGAGGACGUUAUGCUUGUCCUUGUUGUGCUACUCAAAUGUGUUCACAGUGGUUAUAUAAUGGGAAGAAGUUCUACUAUAUGGGGCAUCGUCGGUGGUUAGAUGAAAAUCAUAGCUAUAGAUUUCAGAGGGCUUUAUUUGACGAUACUGAAGAGUUGAAAAAAGCUCCUGAGCAGACCAUUGGAUCUGAAAUCUUAUUCAUGUUAAAAGAUAUGGAUUUCGAUUCACGGAAGUGAAUCAACCAUCUAGCAGGCAAACAAAUAGAUGAUCGAGGGAUGAAUCUGAUGAUGAAUCUGACGAGGAGGAUGACCCUAAUGAAGCGGACUUGUGGAAGAAACGAAGUAUUUUUUUUGAGUUGCCUUAUUGGGAGCAUCACAUAUUACGCCACAAUCUUGAUGUGGUGCAUAUUGAAAAGAAUGUCUGCCAGAACAUCAUCCAGACAAUUUUGAACGUCGUUGGUAAAUCAAAAGAUAAUCUUCAGAGUCAACUUGAUUUAGUUCACAUGGGAAUUAGGCAUGAUCUUCAUCCCCAAGUACGUCCUAAUGGAAAAUAUUGGUUGCCGCCUACAAUUUUUGCAAUGUCAAAGGAAGAGAAAGAAAUGUUCUGCACGGUGUUGAAGGAUAUAAAGGUUCCGGAUGCAUAUGCAUCAAAUAUAUCUCAAUGUGUAAGUCUUAAAGAUUGAAGACUAUAUUCAUUAAAAUCACAUGACUAUCACAUCUUGAUACAAGAUCUACUUCAGCUUGCUUGCUUGCGGUCUUUGUAUGUCAAAGAAGGUAACGUCCUGUAUAAUUGAACUGUCCAAUAUAAUGAAAGCAAUUUGUAGCAAAGUUCUGAAUGUUGAAGAACUUGAAAAAGUACAAGAUCGAGCCUCUUUGACAUUAUGCAAUUUGAAGAAGAUCUUUCCACCUUCCUUCUUCACAAUUAUGGUGCACAUUAUCAUUCAUCUCCCUCGUGAAGCAAUAAUUGGUGGGCCAGUUUUCUAUCGUUGGAUGUAUCCAAUUGAAAGGUUCCUAAGCAAAUUGAAGUCUUAUUGCCGUAACAAGCGUUAUCCGGAAAGAUCGAUUGCUGAAGGCUACUUGGCAGAGGAGUGUAUGACAUUCUGUUCUAGAUAUUUAGAAGAUGUUGAAACAAGAUUGAAUAGACCAAGUAGAAAUGCCGGACUCAAUGAUCCUAGCUUGGCGGAAACUUAUUUAUUUCAAAGUUAUGGAGAACCAAUCGGCAAAGUUGAAAUUGCAGAAUUAGAUGACCAAUCUUGGAUACAAGCACAUAGAUAUGUUCUUUUCCACCACGAUGCACUUGAACAAUUACGCAAGUAAGUUCUAGAAUAUGAUAAAUAUUCAUCUUUUUUUGAUUUGUUUAUUUUUUAACGAAUUAAACAUGUUUUUAACAUAGUGAGUAC